GCAACAUCACCCACUCCUCGGCCGCUCGAGCUAGCGGGGCCAGUGGAGGCAUCUAGCAGCGACAAUGGCCAGCCAGGGCCCAGAAAGAGACGGGAACGAUGCAGGGCAUUUGCUGAACAAGCCAUCCAGCUCGGAAACGCAACCACUGCUUGAUCCAAGGACCUCGACCGCCUCUCACCAUUCCGGCGAGAGCGCCACCAAGCAGCUGACCGCGCGACAUGCUUUCGCGGUUUUGGUCACCCUCCAGAUUGGAUCCGGCAUCUUCGCAUCGCCUUCCCAGGUAGAUAGCAAUGUGCCCUCGCCAGGCGCCGCAUUGCUGGUGUGGGCUCUCGGUGGGCUGUUGUCCUGGGCCGGGGCUGCCUCGUUCGCAGAAUUGGGCGCUGCCAUCCCACUCAACGGCGGAAUGCAGGCCUAUCUGGCGUAUGUCUAUGGUGACACCAUGGCUUUCCUGAUGGCGUGGAUCUACAUCAUGGCUGCGAAGCCUGCUGCCAUGGCCAUUCAAAGCAUUGUCAUCGCUGAAUCUAUCGGCUCUAUCAGUUCUAGUCCUACGGCUGCAUGGGUCCUCAAGCUUGUAGCCGCGCUAACCUUCGUCGCUAUGGUUCUAGUGAACUCGAUCAAUACUAGAGUCACCAUUCGAUUGAGCGAAUCCUUUACUGGAAUCAAGCUCAUGACUGUUUUCUUGGUUGUAAUCGCAGGGCUUGUUGCUGUCAUUGCUCACCUAGUGAACCCGAAGUCGUCCCUCUCGGGCGGCGAAGAUUGGCACAGCAAGAAUUGGUUCUCUACUCGACCUACGUUCUAUGAAGGGCACACUAUUGAUUGGACAUCUAUGAGUACCUGGGAUCGAUAUGGGCAUUACUCUGCUGCUAUAUACGGUGGCCUGUGGGCUUUUGACGGUUGGGACAACGCAAAUGUCGUCGCGAGCGAAAUUCGAAACCCAGGUCAAGCGCUACCUAAAGCGAUCAAAGCCGCUAUGAUUGUCGUGCUGGGCUCUUACGAGCUUGUAAACCUCGCGUACUAUAUCUUGCUCCCUUGGUCGACUGUGAGCUCAAGCGAUGCCGUAGCCGUUGUAGCACUGGGCUCCGCAUUUGGUCGCUGGGCUGGAAUACUUAUGUCCAUUCUCGUAGCCGUCUCUUGCGCGGGGUCCAUCACAAGCAAUGUGUUUGUAGUUGGUCGAUUGACAGUGGCAGCUUCCGAGCGCCAGUAUCUUCCGGCCAUCUUGGGCGAACGAGGAUUACCCUGGCGCCAGUCGCAAGCAACCAUUCAAUGUGAUGACCCCGGCAUUGACUCUCAAGCGAACGGAAUUGCCGUCCAGAAUCAAGACAAAUUGUCUCGAUUCGAUGCGCCUAUUUGGGCAAAUGUGCUAGCUCUCGUCCUAACUUUGGUCUAUAUAUUGACAGGCAGCUUCCGGACUCUGCUGACCUUUGCUAGUAUGGCAAUGUGGGUCUUCUAUAUAAGCACCGUACUCGGCUUGCUUAUCCUACGUCGCCGCGAACCAGCGCUCCACCGACCGUACAAGCCUGCCGUUACACUGCCUGCGAUAUUCGUCGUUUCGGGCACUUUUAUACUUCUUCGAUCGGCCAUUUUUGCACCCGUACAAGCGGGUGUUCUGGCUUGCCUUCUGAUAAUUGGUACUUCGAUCAGCAAGUUGCGGACCAGGUGAUCACUUCAAGACUGAGGUUUAUUCGCGCCUCGCGGGCUCAAUUCCGCAGUAUGUACACUACAGAAUGAAUGUAGUUUGAGCUAUCCACUUUCCCCCUGCUUUGCAUGAAGAUUACGA